AUGGCCUUCUACUCUGAUUUUGUCUGUGGCCCUGUCUUUGAUCCGAUAAGUGUGUUCGGCGCUCCCUUGGUCCAGGACGACUUCAACUGCUGGGCUCCGGAAGGCUCCACGCAAGAGGACGAUUCCACGCGCGCCGGAUCGUUUGACUUGCGUCCGUUCGAGCCUGGCGCCAGUGGCGACCCCGCGGUCGAUAUGCCUCAACACUUUGUCGACUUCGAGUUGCUGAAUUGGACUUCGGUGCCGGACGCGAUGAGCGGGGGCCUCGUGAACCCGCCUCUUCCAGAGCCUCUUCGUGAGGUCGACUACCUCAUCGACCUCGGGCGCAGCAUGAGCCCUAGCCCUCAUCAGGCAGCACCACACACCGUGGGCGCUUCCUUCAACUCGUCUCCGCGCCUGGAUACCCUUGUGCCUUCUGUGCUGGGUCUUUACAGCGCUGUCCCCACCCCGGACCGCCCCCAAUCGCCGAAACGCAAGCGCCUGCUCGACGACGAGCGCGUCGCGUCCCCUCCACCAGCCCACCCAUGCAAGCGUCCCCGCCGCGCCCCACCCUCCCCGCUCCCCUCCCACCUCCAGCCCAUCCGGGUCACAUCGUCAUCGGACACCUACGCGUGCCCUAUCCCCAGCUGCGGCGCCGCGCUCCACGCCACCGACGCCGCCUGGCGCACGCACUUCAAGCGCGCGCACCACGACGACCUGUGCGCGGCCUGUCCGUCGGCGCGCGCUCCCUCCGGCGCGUGCAUCGCGCGCUGCCCGAUGCCGGGGUGCGCCACGUCCGGUCCGGGCGCGGGCGCGAGCGGUCGCAGGGGGGACGGACGGAUGACGCUCGAGUGCGUCGGGCGGCACUGGCUGAACGUGCACAUCGGCGUGGUGUUCCGGUGCCCGGUGUGCGGGGACGAGGGGCGGAUGCGCGAGAGCGCGGCGAGGCGGCACGUGCGCGGGUGCGCGAAGCGGCGGCGGGCGCGGCGAGGCGGUCGUCGCGCACUAGAUGGGCUUAAGGCCUAA